AUGAGUAAUGAACAUCAAUCAGGAUCAAUGUCAUCAUCAACAUCAUCAAGUGGAAGUAGUAGCGGCAGUAAAUUGACUCAACUGAGUCAGUCAGCUGGUAUCUUUCAACCAAGCGGACAACCAUACUACUCUGUUCUUCAACAACAACUUUUAGCAGCAGCUGCUGCUCAACAACAACAACAACAACAGCAACAACAACAACAACAACAACAGCAUGUAGGUUUAUAUACACAUUACAAUCAUCAUGGUGGAACUGUCUAUCAACCUGGUCAACCUGUGGCUAUGAGUGGCUACUCUCUUCACCCGUACAUAAUGGAUCCAACGAUGGUUGCAGUACCAUCACCAGUUUUACAACCAAACGGUGUCGUUCCAAUGCAAUCUAUCUAUGCCGACCACAACUCGGCUGGCGAAUACUAUCCAGAGUCAGAGAGUUGGUUUGAGAUGAGAGUGGAACAGGAAUACGAUGCCACCAGUCAAUCAGCACCAAACGCACCCACAGCAAUGCGGUUCGAUCCGUGGACAGAGUUGCUCUGGGUCGGAUAUCAGAAUGGCAAGGUUACAUCGCUCAUCAAUCCAAACAUGGAACGUCACUCAUCUUUCUUUGGCGCAGCUCCCUCUGGCAAUAUUAACAUCCCCAUCAAAGAUAUGCUUAUUGAUUUCGAAGGUGUUUUGUCUGUAGGUGUCAACACUGUCAACUUCCACUCGCGUGGCGGUGCUCCUAUUUUCGCGGUAAAGAACGAUAAGAUGAAAGAUCUCAAUGCAGCAUGCUACUCGAAGCACGACCAUACCGAAAUCGUUGUCUGUUCAGAUCAGCCAGUGUUGCAUGUCAUUGAUUUCUACACGGGUCGAGUGAUACGUGAGGUUCAAAUGCCAAGCGGCGUAAAGUCUGUAAGUUUGGCGCGUGGUGUGUGGUGUGGCCAGUCCAAUGGUGACAUCUCAAUGCUCGAUCCAAGAACAUGGCGAAUCGAACACUCACUCUCUGCACACAAGGCAGACGUACGAAGCAUGGAUAUCAAAGGCGACAUCAUGGUAUCUUGUGGUUGUACCUCACGCAACGGACAACUCUACUCUGACUCGAUCGUCAAAGUAUUCGACAUCAAAUCACUACGUCCACUUCCACCCAUCCAGUAUAAACGUCCUUCGAUGGUUCGAUUCCAUCCAAAGUAUUACCAAUCGAUUGCCAUUGUAUCGGAUGCCUCUGGACAGAUCCAAAUCACCGAUAUUCAUCAGGACACUGUCUCUGCAGCAACUGCCAACUCUCAGUACUUCCAUAUCGACUCACUCUAUGGUUACAUUCUAUCGUUCGAUAUCUCGUCAAGCGGUGACAUUAUGGCUUUUGGAGACGCAGGAAACCUAGUUCAUCAGUGGGCAGAAAAAGAAAAUAUUCGUGUCAACAACAACUCCUACCCACUGGAAACAGCUGAAUAUCCACAUUUCCAACAUCAAAAGAGAAUGGAGGACGACUGGCCACUAUCAUAUGUUCCAUUCUUCCAGGAUCAACCAGACCAACAACUUGCAAGCUACUGGAAACCAACACUAUCAUAUCCGGUUGGACUACCCCAACGUCCACUGAACCCAUCACUUUUAGCGCAUUUGAAACAACACGACUUUGUAGGAUAUAUUACAAACACUGGAAUUUCAAGAAAACAAAUUCGUUCAAAGACUUAUGAAGAUGGAAAAUCUCAAAAGACAAUAACCAAUUUAACUCUAUCAUCUAUUACACAAGUUAGACCACCAAAAGCAUAUAGAUGGAUGGAUAUUAAAUUUACAAAGGUUGGAUUUGAAGAGUUUGAUGUUGGAAUAUAUAACAAGACACAGUUUGCAGGUUUAGAGAAUACUCUUAUCAACACCUAUUCCAACUGUUGUAUUCAAACCUUAUAUUUCAUUCCACAUAUAAGAAAUUCACUUUUAAAUCAUCUUUGUUCAAAGAAUUAUUGUUUAUCUUGUGAACUUGGAUUCAUUUUCCGUAAGUUUAUAUAUAUGAUGCAAAAAUCAAAUAUUGUUGAAACCAGUAACUUUUUAAGAGUAUUAAAGCAGUUCCCACAAACAGAGUCAUUUGGAUUAUGUUUGACACAAGAACAACCUGAAGCACCAUUCCCACUCUCUCAUUUGAUUACCUAUUUCAAUAGAUUCCUAAUGGAGCAGAUCCAUAAAGAAUUGAAUCCUCAACCAACUAUAAUUCAACCACAACAAUCGAUUAUUUAUAACAACAACAAACAACAACAACAACAACAACAGAACCAAAACCAACCACAACAAGACUCAAUUAUCAAUACAUUGUUUGGCUCCACUGUAGUUUCACAAAACAAAUGUAUCAAUUGUGGAUAUCAAUAUGAAAAGACUUCACAUCAUUUUCAAUUUGAUAUUGUCUAUCCCGCUACUGUUCAGGAACUUGGCCCUGAAGGUCCGACCUUUGCCAACAUAUUGCGUACCAGUCUUUCCAAACAGAUCAAGACACCAGCAUGGUGCGAGAAAUGUCAGAACUACUUUGCUACCAUACAGAAAAAGACACCUAAAACACUACCAAACAUUUUGUGUUUGAAUGCCAAUGCAACCAAAAAAGAAUAUGAAGACUACUGGAAAUUCAUCUCCAACAGCAUUCCUGGUGUCAAACCAGUCAGUGGUAAUUCACCGGGUGACACUUCCAAUCCCAAUGAAAUCACUUUUGAAAAUGAAACCACUUGGCUACCAUUGAAGAUUAGACUAAAGAUCGACGAACAAUCCACUACCCAACAAUUUAAUGUAAUUGAAUAUUCCAAUGAUUUAUUACAGCAACAAGAUAAAGAUAACAACAGUAACAACAACAACAAUAACAACAACAACAAUAGUAACAGACCAAACUCACCCAAUACAACAAUAACAACACCAUCAACCAGCUCACCAACCACACCAGUAAACUUUAUAGAUCCUGUUACCGAUGACGGACAACUCUAUGAAUUGGUGUCAUCGAUUUCACACAUUAAAGAUCAGGUCAAGCGAAUUCCAAAGCAAGGACACCUCGUUGCACAGAUUCAGGUAUCCGAUUUCUAUGACAAAGAAAAUCCAUCGCAAUACUAUUUGUUCAACGAUUUCAAAGUAAAGACAUGCUCAAUCAAUGAUGUAGCCCACUUUGAUGCCACAUGGAAGACACCAGUGAUCUUGUUCUAUCGUAAAGUUGGCUAUGAAGAGGAGAUUGAACCUGUUCCACUUGAACGCAAUCCAAUUACCAAAGAGACCUACAUGGCCAACAAUUUAAUCACAACCAAAGGCCCAAUGUCUUUUAUUCCACCACAUAUUGCAACCCUACCAAAGGAAGGCGAUCUCGUUGCCAUCGAUACCGAGUUUGUUUCGAUUGGUCCAGAGGAAACCGAAGUCAGUAGCGAUGGUAAACGUGUUAUCAUUCAACCAGGAAACUUUAGUUUGGCUCGUGUUAGUUUAGUGCGUGAGAAUGGCGAGUCGUUCCUCGACGACUACAUCCAAUCGAUUGAACCAGUCACAGACUAUCUGACGCGAUUCUCUGGUAUUCAACCAGGUGAUCUCGACCUAAAGAUAAGCUCCAAGAAUUUGAUCACCCUGAAAUCGUGUUACCUCAAGCUCAGAUACCUAGCGGAUCAAAAGGUAUUGUUUGUAGGUCACGGACUCAAAAAGGAUUUCAGAAUCAUCAAUAUCUAUGUGCCACCAGAGCAAAUCAUUGAUACUGUCGAACUUUUCCAACUAAAGAAUCAGAGAAAGCUAUCACUUCGUUUCUUGGCAUACAUUUUGCUGAAUAUUGACAUUCAAACUGAAACUCAUUGUAGUAUAGAAGAUGCUAGGACAUUGAAUAAAUCAAGUAACAUCAAAUAUAUUUUACAAAGAAUGUCAGGAAAGAAUAGAUUGAAUAUCUUUCCAACUAGAAUGUAUGUUCAUUAA